ACUUAGUCACUUUUCUUUCCGACGCUUUUUUUUUUCUCCCGAAAAGCUUCUUUCUUUUCACCAUUUACCAAGACGUUCGUACCGCUCGGACAAGGCCGUUUUACAUCAGCACUGAGGGAAUUAGAGGUGUUUGGGAUGCUCAGGUAAUGGGCAGUACAGAAUACACGAAGAUGGCUGUGAACAGCACAAAUGAUCGUGCCUGGUCAGGGUGUGCUGUGCUCUUCCUGCGUUGUUGCAAUCCAGGAUCUGAUCUGCUCACUUUCUACAAAGACAAGCAUGGGAAGUUCAGCGUGUUCAAGGUUAUCAAACUGACUCUUACAGAUGUUGCAGGUGGUCUUGAUGGUUAUGAAAUCCUGAAGCUGCAUGAUGCUGACCCCUUCCUGGGAGUGGAACUGAAGUUCAUGGAUGCCCUUCCUUGUAAACGGUUCCUGGAUAGUUAUGCUUGUGGCUCGCUUCUUCAGUUUUUGUCUCAGCAUGCUUCACGCCUGCUCACUCUCCCUGAUGGGGUUGCUAUGGAAGCUGUGCUCAAGGCAGGAACACACAUCUUGGACCAUGACCUUAAAAACACAGAACUCUGCCUGCAACAUAUAUAUCAAUCUCAGCCUGUGCGUUUGCGGGAUGAUGAGGUCACACAGCUUGAACAGCAGCUACAGAAUAGCUAUGCCCCACCCGUUCAGACACCACAAGAAGUGCCCAAAAACUGCUUCUUGUUCCAGAAACGCAUGUUUGAUGAUCGGCCACUGACAUCUGCAGACCAGCAACGUUUUGCUGCUCACGUGGGACGGGACUGGAAGCGAGUGGGUAGAGCUUUACAGAAGAACUGCAGGGCUCUGAAGGGGACCGCCAUCGAUAAUCUUGCCUAUGAGUACGAGCGAGAAGGGCUUUACGAACAGGCCUACCAGCUACUGGGACGGUUCAUCCAAUCAGAGGGACGGAGCGCCAGGCUGGGACGCCUCAUCAGCGCACUGGAGGAAAGCAAGCUGACCAACAUGGCCGAGAUCAUGUUGGACAUUCAGCCACGCGAGUGAGAGACUGGAAUAUGUGUGUGUGUGUGUGUGUGUGUGUGCGUGUGUGCGUGCGUGCAUGUCUACAUCUGGUACCCAGGGGUGUGUUUUUUUUUUUGUUCCUGCAUUGGGGAAAAAUGGUUUGUCAGCUCAACCUAAAACAUAAUUUCAUAAGGUAAUAAGCAAUAAAACUAGUUUUAUCCAACUCAAAUAAAUAGUUGAAAGUCAGAUUGUUUAAAUGAAAUAGAACUCAUAAACUUACUUGUUACCACAUUAAGUAAUUUUUAGGUUGAACUGACGAACCAUAUUUUACAGCAUACCAGGUUACACUAUGUAGCCUAGACUUAAAAACUAGGAAUAUCUGAAAUCAUACCAGUAUCAGCAGAUAUUUGCUUAAAAUUUUAUGCAUGGAACAGGAUUUGACAGAUAUUUAAAACCAAUAUUUAAUGGCAUGUUCAUUGUACUCCAGAAGAGCACAAGGUUUAAAUGAUGCUGAGCUACUAAGCUAAAAGAAAAAGAUUUGCAUUUGAUUAAUUUUACUGCAUUUCUAACCCUCUACAAACAUUACAUUCCUCUGUAAUGCUAAUCCAACUGGAUCUAGUUCCAAUUUCUACAUUUUAUAAAUGUUUAUAUAUCCGUAUCAGCAUAGGCAGAUAUGUACAUGAAAGAUAUCAGAUAUCAGCAGCGCCCCACAAUUCUCAUAUAGUGCGUCCGUGCUUAGAAAUACAGAAUCAUUCAGCAUUCACAUUAUUCGUUGAAUAAUGGGAUUUGGAUCUCUAGGAGUCUUGUAUGAAAGCCCUGUCAAUACUAUCAUUUUAAACACUGGUACUAUUAAUUGCUAAUAGCAGUGGACCGUGAAAGUAUAAAACAUGUAUGUUUCAUGUAUCAAAUUCUACACCUUGAAAGUCAAAAUCUUUUAAAAAAGUCUAAAUAUGUUGAGGGUUACAAAAGGUAAAAUUGGGAAUGGGGUCAGAUAUUUUUUAUAUUCAGUAUGCUUUGUAUACCUCUCCUUUUAUUUCAUUCAGUAGUUUUCUAUUUUAAAAAUUUUGUAUUUUAUAGUACUUUAGAGAUAAAACAAUAUGCCUUGCAUUUUGCAUUCUUACUUCUAGACAGACUGUCCUUCAUGCUGUGCCACAGGGGCACAUGCUUAGAGGUCGAUCAUGGACAUUGUUCCUUAAUGCAAGUUAUGGGUACUAUGUAUUUUCCCUAAUUUAACACACUUUGUGCUUAUUCAGGAAAUUAUAAGAUUCUUCUUGAGCUGAGCUGGGUAUGUUGGAAGGAAUACACAAAAUGUAUCAGGACAAGGAUUAUCUGUGAUCUACAGUCAGUUCAAGGAUUGUAAUUACAGUUCUAUUAUUUUGACUGUAUUGUUUUUUUUUGGCCAUGGCUAGUUGUGUUUGUUUUAACAUGAAUUGCAUGCAAAAGGGUUUAACCUUAAUUGUAGAGGAUUUUUUUGUCUGUGACUGUGAAUGUUAAGAUAAUGAAGGAGAUAGUGAUGCAGACUUCACUGCAAAAAUAAGUCCAAACCAGAGCAUGUAUUCCACAUGAUUAUCAGGAAAAACCAAAUACUUUUGGCCAAAGAGCAUCAUCUGGAGAUAUAUCAAGCAUCAGGUACUUAAUGCAUGAUUGUCAUUCUGUGAAAACUGCUUGUGACUAUGUAUUAAACUCAACCACGUUAUGUAAUGCUUUUUGCAGUCCAUAUGUACAAAACACAUUGUUACAGUUAGAACAAAACUUUCUCCAUUUUGUUUGAAAUUGACAGCUCUCCUUUACAUUGUCUCAAUAUGUCAUGAUGAAUGCACCAACGGAAAUGGUCCGAAAUUACUUAGAAUAAAAUCAUGUUACAUUAACUUACAUUGAAAGUUUUUUCUUCCUGUUUUUUCCUUCGCCUGUAAAAUUCUGUUUUUGACUCUGUUCCAGCAGCAACCAUAUGUAUUCUGUUUUUGGUAUUGCUUUUCUUUUUCCAGUCAGACUAAAUGCUGUAAUAUGUUGGGGUCCUGAGCCAAAUCAACCAGUGCUUUGUCCAAAGGGUCCAAACACUUUACAGUAAUUCACAGUAGAAUAGCCAAGAGCAGUCUGCAGUUUGCUGUUUGUUUGAUUGCUGCAUAGACUUUUAGCCUGAUAGCCUCUGAGAUUUUUUUUUGUGAAGACUUCAUGAUGUAAGGGGGUUAAAAUAAAUUUGGGGUAGGCAGAAUCAAAGUGUCUUGUACCAUCUCGGCUCUAACCUAAACCCACUGAGCCCUUGAGCUAAUCAGAAUGGCUCUGACAUGUUUUGCAUUGUAGAAGCCUUCACAAGGAACCUAACUGACUUACGUUACAAAUGGUUUCCAGUAUUGUACUGUAUUGUGGUGAAAAUGCAAGUAAAGAGAACAACGCAGCAUCGCUAGCCAGUUUAAGAAAGCUCAACACUGCUGAAGAUUGGACUUUUUAAUCUGAAACUAACUACACCCCUAGUAGUACCUGUAAUUGUGUGUAUGUGUGUGUGUGUGUGUGUGUUUCAACUGAACUUAAAGUUUCACUGUAUCACUGUUGUUAUAUUUUGAUAUGUUUUUUUAUGUUUUCAUCUUGCCUUGAUUGUUUCUCCUUUUCUCAACCUGUGAUGCAUCUCACAAUCCUUCUUCGUGUCCUGCUUGGAGACCUUCAAUAAAGUUCUUCAUAGACGUU